UGGCGACGCUUGCUUGGGUCUGUUCGGUCUCCUUCUUGUCUGGGAGCCGGCGGGGAAGCGGGCGAGCGACGGUCCAUGGCUGCGGCGGAGUCCGACAGUAGCCAGCGGCAGAUAGAUGAAAUUGAAGCACUUUCAUCUAUAUAUGGAGAUGAGUGGUGUGUUAUUGAUGAAGCUACGAGAAUAUUUUGUAUUAAGAUUAGUGAUAAUUUAGAAAAACCCAAAUGGACACUCUGCUUACAGGUGAUUCUGCCUUCUGAAUAUCCAGAUACAGCUCCACCUAUUUACCAACUGAAUGCUCCAUGGCUUACAGGACGAGAUCGUGUGGAAUUAGCAAACAGCCUUGAGGAAAUAUAUAUACAGAACAUUGGUGAAAGUAUUCUUUAUUUGUGGGUGGAGAAAAUUCGAGAAAUUCUAAUAGAAAAAUCUCAGCUAUCAGAAUCAGGCCCAGACAUAAACAAGAAAACUGAAGAGGAAGAUGUUGACUGUGAAGAUGAUUAUCUUUUUGAUUGUCAAUCAAAAAAUAGAAUUGAAGCCCUGGAUUUUGUUAUCACUGAAAGCCAGUCAGAUGUAGAAGAAGUACCACCAAUCAAGCAUGGAGUUCCAAUCACUGACCGGAGAAGCACUUUUCAAGCACAUUUAGCUCCUGUAGUUUGCCUUAAGCAGGUAAAAAUGGUUCUUGCCAAAUUAUAUGAAAAUAAGAAAAUAGCCAAUGCCACCCACAAUAUCUAUGCUUACAGAAUAUAUUGUGAAGAUAGGCAGACUUUCUUGCAGGACUGUGAAGAUGAUGGGGAAACAGCAGCAGGUGGACGUCUCCUUCACCUUAUGCAGAUUUUAAACGUACGGAAUGUUUUGGUGGUGGUAUCACGCUGGUAUGGCGGUAUUUUACUUGGACCAGAUCGCUUUAAACACAUCAACAACUGUGCCAGAAACAUACUAGUGGAAGAGAACUAUACAAAUUCACCGGAGGAAUCAUCCAAGCAGCUGGGAAAGAGCAAAAGAGUAAGAAAAGACAAGAAGAAGAGUGAACAUUAUACUUGAAAAUUUAGCUUUUAGAUACUUUUGUUCUGAUUGUAUCAUUAAUCAUUCAGAAAUACUUUCUGUAGGGAAGAUCAUUGAAAGACAUACUUUAUGACUACUUAACCCAGGAGUUCAAGGAAGCAUGACAUGGAUGCCAGCCAGGAUUUUCACUUAUUUCUUGAUUGUGCCAAUUGCUCAAAAAUGAAUAACUUGUGUACUCUUAUGUAUUUGAGGAUGAUUCAGAAGAAUUAAUCAGACCUAAUCAUCACUGCUUUUAAUUUUGGGAAGGUAGCAGUUGCUCUAAGUAUCAAGUGAAUUACCUGUCCUUUUGAAAUUACAUGUCAAGUGCCUUUCUUAUGUGGCGGAAACUAUCUUUGGAGAGUUUAAAUACUUGAUGUCUUGUCACCUGGAUUCUUGUUGAGUUAAAUGAAUAUUGUGUUUUACAAUACUUUACAGAAAGUUUGAAUGAGCUCCUGGAGAGCUACCUUUUUUUUUUUUUUAAUUGUAGUUCAGAAAGCUCACUUUAGUUCGAGUGUGCAUUUCUGAAUAGUGUACAUUUAGUGAAAACUCAGCUAAUAUCUAUCAGUAGAAAAAUACUAGAAGUGAUCAUUUGUUUAACUUAAAAUGAAUUAUGUAGAUGUCAUAACAGACUUGGUAGAGAAUCUGUGGUAUUGAAAUUCAUAGAAGACAUUUCAGAUCUACAUCUUGGUUUUUGUACCAGUAAUGUAAAGCAGUAAAAGUGCACUAUGAGCAGGCCUUUUUUCCUAAUGGGACAUGAAAAUGCAGCAUUCUAUUUCUUUUUAAAAUCUAAAAGUAUUUUCUUUAUAGUUUUCAUUAUGAAAUUUAGAGUACCCUAGAAGAUAGCCCCUAGUGAAUGGGCUAGGUAGGGUUGAAAUGGAUCUGGUACCCAUAAGUAAUCUGUAGUUUUCAUCAGUGGCAUUCAAUGUACUGUCCUUUUCUCUGCUUGGAUACAAAAUAAAAUAUUUAGUUAAUAAUUUACUAAGAUUCCAUACAUUGAGGUUAGACAAGGUCUUGGAUAGAAAAAGAGCAAAUCUUUUUGACUGGAAAUGUCACUGCUUUGUUGGAUUUGUGAUUCCAUAAGUAUAUAGGUGUUCUAUCCGUGGGGCAAAUAGCAACCCAUCCAUGACUUCCUCACAUGUACCAUUGUUUAUUUCAUUCAGUAAAUUCCUAGCCUAAUACACUGAACACCUUCCUCUAUAAAAGGGGUUCUUAGAUUUCUGGGGGUCCACUAAAAUUUAAAAGGGAAAAAAAUUACAUCUUUAUUUAAGUAUAACUAGUUAAAACCUUGGUAAUCAGUCCUAAGUAUUUUAUAUAUUUAAAAACAUUAUUUUGAGAAAGGAUCUAUGGGCUUUACCAGACUGUCAAAGGGUUCCAUGACACAAAAAGGGUUAAGAAACCUUGCUCUUGAUCUUGUAAUAGUUUAUGGAUGCUAGUUCAAUAUUGCAGGACAGCUAAGUGUCUCAGUAGAUGGAGUGCCGGGCCUAGAGUCAGGAAGACCCGAGUUCAUAUCUGACCUCAGACACUUAUCAGCUGUGUGACCCUGGGCAAG